CCACCUGUCGCGGCUUUCAGAGCAUAGAGGAAGGAUGGGUUUAGUGCGGCCAAGACCAGUGUUUGGAUCAGACGGACCCUAAGGUGUUGCUACCCGCACCGUUACCACACCCAGGUAGCCAGCCAGGCAAGAUAGCUAGAGAGUAGGCUACCCUAUUGGCCAGUUACAGAGACUACCAGUUAGCAUCCCAGCCAGAUAGCAAAUUGUCCUCUCAUCCAGUGAGGCAGUCACCCACUCAUCCAGUGAGCAAGUCACCAGCUCAUCCAGUGAGCCAAUCGCCUGCUCAUUCAGUGAGCCAGUCACCCGCUCAUCCAGUGAGCGUCACCUUCUGAGUCAGAUGAUGAGUGAGCGUUCUCGUACCAGCUGACAAAUAUGGCAUACUCUCGGCCAGCUGCCUCCCUUCCAGUGUUGAUGGUGAUGCUUGUGUUGGCCUCUGGGACUUCCCUCAGCUGGAAUUUACCUAAACAGGCAGGCGGGACCUUACAGACGGAGGACCUUCAACCAGGAUACUGGGCAACCAUACAUGCGCCCGCUAGCUGGGAGCAGCACAAGAACACACCACCACAGAAUACUUUAAAGAGAAGAAAACGGCAAGAUGAGGUCCUGCGUUCAACACCAGCCAACCUGAGAGUGGUGUCGACUGGACAAGACUACGUUGAUCUAGAAUGGCAGUAUGGAGAGGGAGGUGUGGAGUUCCUGGUGAACGUGUACUACUCAGGAGAGCAGUUUGCCAAGGACCAGGUGGCCCGAGGUACGUCUGCCAGAGUGGGCGGGCUGGCUCCGGGCACCGACUACACACUGAGGGUCAAGGCUUUCAAGGCUCUUCCUCAUGGCCGUCGAGCAUACAGCGUUGAAAGCGAACCUGUUUCAGCCACAACUCAAGAUGUGGUGAUGCCAAAACCAAGCAACCUGCGGGUGCUGACAACUAAUACUGAAUAUAUCGACAUAGAUUGGCAGUUUGAUGGAGAUCAAAGAGACGUAGAGUACAUAGUGAAGGUUUUCUACAGUAGUGGAGUGUUAGCUAAAGAACAGGGGUCACGAGUAGCGUCAGCGAGGGUGGGCGAACUGGCUCCCAAUACCGAUUACAAAGUGUCAGUGAUGGCGUUUAAGGCUCUCCCUCGAGGUCGCCGAGCUAACAGUCCUGAUAGCGAUCCUGUCUCCGUUAGAACUCAAG